AUCAGGAAGACAAUAAAGCAACGUCAAACAAGUGAAGCACAAUGAACAGCAAAGUCACUAUCACCAUCCUCGCUUUUCUUAUACUUUAUGUGACUUCUACACAAGGUGCAUCUCUCAGAGGAAAAGGAGCAAAUCUGCAAUGCCAAUGCAUCAAACCAUCCUCUGAUUUCAUCCGCCCAACUCGCAUGAAGGAAAUUGAUAUCAUUCCAAGUGGUCCUCACUGCGGAAACGUAGAAAUCAUAAAGCAUUAUUACUUCAAAAUGUCGCAAAGACCUUCUCAGGGUGACUGUACAAUUGUCACCCUUACAAAUACAAAACAAGUCUGUCUGCACCCUAAAGCACCCUGGGUACAAAGAAUCAUUAACAAGAUAACGAAUAGUUCCAAGACUCACAAAGCUGAGGAACAAGCUAAUGUCUGAGUGUCAAGACUGAAACUCAGCCAUGCCAGGACCUCUGUGCCAUUUCUGCAGUUCACGCUCCAAGACGCUGUCCGCAUGAAAGGCACAAUAUCAAUGCAAAUUGUUGUUGUUGACAACUACCUGUCACCUUGUGUGGACUUUUAUCCAUCAAAUGGUGAACUGGUUGAAAUAAUUUCUCAAUGAGAUUUCGAUCUGUUGAAUGUUUUGUCAAACAAUGUGAUGACAAAAGUGUUGGAAUCCAGAUGUUUCCUUGAUAGAUUACCAUUGCCCAAUUAA